UACUCACGACACGUUUUAUUUAUUUACGCGUGCAGACAAUGCGUUUCUGUACAGCUUUAAGUGACGGUAAAGUCUAAACCUAAAGCGCAUAGUUGGAUUAGACUGGUUUAAGGCAAAAUCAAAUGAGGAAGUAGUACUCGUCUUGACAGUUAGCUCGCCAGCCGGAGAACAACAAAGCAUAUCGCGCAUAAGAAGUACUUCAUGUUUUCGCUUGCCAGUUAGAGCUGACACAAAACGUUUACUGCGGAACUAGAACUGGCACAUUCAUGUCGGUUAUUAUGCACUGUGUAUAGCAUAGCAAGCUAGCUUUCUCAGGGAUUUACUGAUUGAUGAUAUCCGUUCCAUUUUCCUUGCUGACUGGCUAGCUAGAUUGUGGUUCCUCAUAAACUCAGAUCUUUCUGCAGGUUCCUUCCGUUCCUCCUCGUUGUGUCUUCCCGGAUCACGUGAAUCCCACAGUACAGCAUACUGAAGUUAGUUGGCUGCAGCCUGCAGUACACAGGGGUCUCGCUUCUGUCACCUGUACCGCGCCUCCAGAAUUUAUGAGCAGCAUGAUCAAUUUAGAAUUAAGGACUGGUACACGACCCUUUAUCACGGGUAUCGUUUGCGUUGUACUUCUGUUAGGCUCACUUCAUGUGCUUGCCUUGAAGACACAACUGCUAUCUGUGCAGGGAAGCACCCAUGCCAUUCCUAACAGCCUGUCCUAUAAGACCUAUUAUUUUUACCAGAAGAUCGACCACUUUGGAUUUCUUAGUAAUGCCACGUUCAAGCAGAGGUACCUCGUCAAUGACCAGCACUGGCACCAGGAAAACGGCCCAAUCCUGUUCUACACUGGGAAUGAGGGAGACAUCACUUGGUUCUGCAAUAACACAGGCUUCAUGUGGGACGUUGCGGAGGAGCUGGGAGCCAUGUUGGUGUUCGCUGAGCAUCGGUACUACGGAGAGUCCCUACCUUUUGGAGAGGAAUCCUACAGUGAUGCUAAGCACCUGAACUACCUGACGUCGGAGCAGGCGCUGGCUGAUUUCGCGGUGCUGAUAAAGGCGCUGAAGAGGACCGUCCCGGGUGCGCGGGACAGCCCGGUGAUCGCCAUCGGGGGCUCGUACGGCGGGAUGCUGGCGGCCUGGAUGAGGAUGAAAUACCCCCACAUUGUCGUUGGUGCCCUGGCCGCCUCUGCUCCUAUCUGGCAGUUCACAGACAUGGUGCCGUGUGACGUCUUCUACAAGAUCGUCACCAAUGAUUUCCACAAAGCCGAGAAAGGCUGUGCGGAGAGCAUCAGAGGAUCGUGGAAGGCUAUCAACAACAUCACCUCCACAGCCGAAGGUCUCCAGUGGCUGUCCAGCGAGUUCAGCCUGUGUGCCCCUCUCAAAAACAAGGUGGAAGCUGCAGCUUUCAAGUCCUGGCUCCAGGAGACCUGGGUCAAUUUGGCCAUGGUUGAUUACCCGUACGAGGCCAACUUCCUCCAACCGCUCCCUAGGUGGCCAAUUAAGGUUGUCUGUCAGUAUCUUACUCACCCUACGGUGCCAGACCAGCAGCUCCUGCAGGGCAUCUCCAAGGCUGUGAAGGUGUACUACAAUUACACAGGAAACGCCCCCUGUCUCAACAUGUCUCAGACUGCCACUGGAAGCUUGGGGGCCAUGGGCUGGUACUACCAGGCCUGUACGGAAAUGGUUAUGCCCAUGUGCUCGAACGGCGUCGGGGACAUGUUCGAGCCCCAAGCGUGGGAUUUCCAGGCCUACGCAGAGGAGUGCAGGGCGCUGUUCGGGGUGACCCCAAGACCUGACUGGGCCGACACCAUCUACGGAGGCAAGAACAUCAAGUCCCACAGCAACAUCAUCUUCAGCAAUGGCGGCCUGGACCCUUGGUCGGGUGGUGGAGUAACCAAAAGCCUCUCGGACUCCCUGGUGGCCAUCGUGAUUCCAGAUGGGGCCCAUCACUUGGACCUGCGGUACAACACUAACUACGACCCCCAGUCCGUCAUGGACGCCCGGGACACGGAGGUGAAGUACAUGAAACUGUGGAUCAAACAAGCAGCAAACUCACCAUGACCACACUCCCCUGACCUUGUGGCCCACCCCCACUACUCCUAGCUGACAUGACCACACCCCCCAGACCUGGGCGCCACUCCCACCACUCCACCUACCUGUCAUGACUCCGCCUCCCAGACCCAGGGCCACACCCUCUACCACAGCCAGCCACCCUGACCCCACUACUCCUGACCCUGAGACCACUCCUACUCCAGCUAUGGAAUCCUGUCUUUAUUUUCAGGCUCAUGAUUCCGGUACUAUGAGCCUGACCAGGCCAGAUUUACAAUGUGAUACCGUAUGAGAUUGCUAUGUCCGAAUUCUGAGAUGUGCUUUACUAAUAAACUAGCAGUCAGUGACUUCUUCUGAUGAAUUGUGAUCCUGUGUAGGUGGGGCUUCAGAUUGAAGCUGCAAUUCAAGAUUAUCACUAAUGCAGUCUAAAUCGUGGCAGAGCCAAUCAAAUUUCAGGAAACUAAUCUCAUAAACUGUCACUGUCACUUGUCCAGGCUCUGUAAAGACCAAGCAUGUACGGUUUCCCAACCUCAUGUUUCACUGGUAUUGGUUAUAACACAACCUCUCUUGGCGUAGUCCUUGCUCAGUAGGUUUGUGCUUGACCCUUGCAGGCUGCCAGGCUGUCAGCAUUUAAAUCUGUUGACUCAUUGGAGCAAAUGUGAUGAGUCGUUGAUGAUGUCAGAUUUAUUUACCAAGAGCUGGUGCCUUUGUUCAUUUUUCCUCUUUCCAUCUUAACUUUGUUUUGCAUUUUCUUCCUUAUUUAACAUUGGGAAUCUUUACAAAUUUCUAAAUUGCACUAAGGUUAAAAAGAAAGGAUAUUAUACCAUACCUAAAGGUGACAGGUUUAUUUUUUGUUCAUCUUUUGGAUUCAUCAGUAUUUUAUAUUGUUGCCACUAUAUUUUGAUUUUGAGUGGAAGUUUGAAUUGACACACCAUUAAAAAGUAGUAGUAAUAUUUCAUAUUUAAUAGCAAUAAAGUAAUAUUUUCUGAAUUACUUUAUUGCUUUCAAUUAUUUCGUUUUUUACCCCACUUCAAUAUGAAUUGUCAUUCUGAAAUGUAUGCAUGAUUUAAAUCCAUAUCUGUCAUCUUUUUAAAGGAUAGUCAAAGUUUGAAUUUGAUUUGUAACCAUGUCAAAUGGAAUGGAAACAUUCUUCAGGGAUUUAAAAAAAAUACUUUGAAAAAUUAAAUCAACAAGAGUUUUGCAGUUACAGUCAGGCAAUUGUAACACACAUUUGUCAUUUUUAGAUAGUGUGUGUAUAAAGCAGGACAUCUAAUUUAAUGGUUUGAGAUUCUGAGUAUUGUGACACCAAGAAAUUCUGUUCUGCCUGAAUUGUUGUAAUUUAGUGAGUUGAGAUUCUGAGAGAUGUCACACACAGAAAUGGUCUGUUCUCCGAGCCUUCUCCGUGUCUUUCUGAAUGAUCUUCAAUGUGCUGUUCAUAUACAUGAACAUUUUUGCUCUGGGGCUGGACCCAAUAAAUGUUUUUUUACACUC